AUGUUCACGAACGGUACCAUCGGCAACGAAACAUUUAUCGCUGGUUCGGGCACCACCGCACCCACAAAUGAUUACAGCAUCGGUACUUCAAUAUUAAGCUUAGCAUCCCGUGGAAAUGAAACUUUUGUUGACACCUUAACUGCUCAUGUGCUACCUCUGUUUGGAAUCGUCUUGGGCGUAUUGCUUUGUUUAUUUUGCACCUAUAAGAGCUGCAAUACCGGGUCAAGGCGAAGAGAAGAGCAAAUAUCACAUAAUUACGAUGAUGCGAACGAAGAUAUUACAGUGAAACCUCAGAGUGUGAGUGAUACAGGAAAUAUUUGA